GAAGAAAUGAAAACGUUACUACUGAAUUUGACCGAUGAGUGGCACAACCAGAGCUUAACUUUGGGACUCAAGACCCAAACCACCCCAAAUCGUGGAGAGUAGAUCGAGUAGAUCCCAAACCACACAGAACCCAGGAUUCUUCGGCGUGGAUGUUAAAUAGUGAAAAAGGCGCGUUCAUUGACAGAAACAUGGCACCCGUUGACAGUUCUCCGGCUAGUAACCUGACUGAAUUCGUUGCUAAUAGCAUGGCUGGAUUUGAUUUAGUUUGUUCGUUAAAGUCGAACGACUUGAUUCCUGUGCAUAAAUAUAAAUCGUCUAGAACCGGAUUAACUGUAGUAAUAGCGGAGGUUGACGGUCCCGUCGUAAACGGCUACUUCUGUCUGGCUACCGAAGCUUACGACGAUGACGGGCUUCCUCAUACCUUGGAGCACCUGAUAUUUCUGGGUAGCGAAAACUACCCGUACAAAGGUGUCUUGGAUCUGCUAGCCAACCGAUGUCUAGCAUCGGGAACAAAUGCGUGGACAGAUACAGAUCACACCUGUUACACUAUGACAACAGCUGGCAGUGAAGGAUUUCUGUCAUUGAUGCCAAUAUUUCUUGAGCAUAUCUUAUAUCCAACAUUAACGGAUUCUGGCUUCAUAACCGAAGUUCAUCACGUAACUGGCGAGGGGGAAGAUGCGGGAGUUGUUUACUGCGAAAUGCAAGGCCGAGAGAACAGCGGGGAAUCAUUGACCCACCUGGCGUUGACCCGAGCAAUUUAUCCAGGACGAUGUGGAUACAAAUCCGAAACUGCAGGUAUUAUGAAAAAUUUGCGGGAAAGUACAAACAAUGAGAAGGUCAGAAAUUACCAUAAGGAAUUCUACAGGCCAGAAAAUCUCACAGUUAUAGUAACUGGGCAGGUGAAACAUGCAGAUCUUUUCAAGGCUCUGCAGCCACUAGAGCAGAAAAUAAUGUCAAAGGGGAACAGAGGACCUUAUGUGAGACCAUGGCAAAGCCCCGUGCCACCAUUGACGGAAUGCGUUGAUCUGGACGUAUUAUAUCCAUGCGAUGACGAGGAUAAUGGUUUGAUAAAUGUGGGUUGGCGUGGACCAUCGGCUGUGACGGAACUGUACGAUAUGACUGGCUGUUCGAUGUUGUUAAAGUAUUUAACUGAUAGUUCAGUUAGCCCUUUGCAAAAGGAGUUUGUUGAAAUAGACGACCCAUACGCAAGUAGAGUGGGUUAUUCUCUAGCUGAGAAUUCGGAAUCAAUGCUUUACCUCAUAUUCGAGAACGUACCUAAAAGCAAAAUUCCUUUGGUCAAAGAUCACCUUGUCCAUGUACUCUAUGACAUCGCGAAUAAAGGCGACGGGAUUGAUAUGAGAAGAAUGCAUACUGUAAUACACAGACACAUAUUGGAAACAUUAAGCCACUUAGAAAACAGCCCUCACGAUUCGGUUGCGUUCAUGGUCAUCGGAGACGUUCUCUACGGCAGAACUAAAGAGGACCUAGAUAAUAGGCUGAAUCAAAUCAAGGAUUUGAAGAAACUGGGAGAAGAGCCAGCAUCAUACUGGAUAAAACUAUUGAACAACUACCUGAUCCAUGCACCAAUGGUAGUUGUGAGAGGAUUCCCCAGCCAGGAAAAGCAGGUUGAGAUGGGAGUGAGCGAAAGAACAAGAGUCGAGCAGCAAAUUGCAGAACUAGGAGAAGAGGGUCUUCGAAUAAAGAAACAGGAGCUCCAGGAAGCCAUGCUUGUGAACGAGAGACCGAUUCCAGACGAAAUGCUAACUUCAGUGCCCAUACCUAGCACAGAUUCUAUAAACUUCCAUCACAUUAAAAGUUACACGUCAGAUACGGCGGAGCAGCAUCCGAAGUUGAACGUUAACAACUUACCAUUGUUUACAUAUCUCGAUCACGUCAAUACGAAUUUUGUCUAUCUAUUCGUCAUCAUGGAUACAUCACCUGUAUCGCAAGAGCUACGACCAUAUAUUCCGCUCUUUUUGGAAGCGAUAUUAGAGUGCCCAGUUAUGAGAAACGAUGGUCUUUUUAUCCCGUAUGAACAAGUUGUCGCCGAAUUGGAGGAAGACACUAUAGCCACAAGUACAAGAAUUGGUUUUGACAACCCAGCUAGAUUUUCGUGUGGAGUCUACAGUCAGAGUGCAAACCUCAUGUUGCAAAUCGAGCCAGCUAAAUAUUCCAGGGGUAUACAAUGGAUCAGAGAACUCCUUUACGAGACUGAAUUAACUCCGGAAAGACUGAGAAUAAUUGCAGCUAAGAUGGUCAACGAUGUUGCACAGGUCAAGAGAAAAGGAAACAAAGUUGUUGGUGAUCUUAUGAAAGGUCUGAUCUACAGAAAAGACAGUAAUCAUUUCGCAUCGAGCAUGUUGCGGCAGCAUAAAUUCUUAACGCAGAUGAUGGAUAGCCUGAAUGACAGUAAAGCUCAAGCAAAAGUAUUGGAGGAGAUUGAAUCUGUAAGAAAAACGUUGACUACCCCACAAAAUAUGGUCCUCUACAUGGCGGCAAAUGUGGAUAAGCUUGCGGCUCAUGUCCCGAACGUGUAUGAACCUUGGGAAGUACUUUUGCCCAAACAAUAUACAUCUUGUAAAUCAAAAUUAAAUGUCACUCAUGAUUGGCAAUUGAUGGUUCCUCAAGCUGAUGAGCCUACUAACAGCUGCGUAACAGGACUGGGAUGCAUAGAAUCCGCGUUCUUUUGUCAAUGCAGUCCUUGCCUAAAAGAUUUCCAGAGUUCCAAUCUAGCACCGUUACUGGUAUUCUUACAAUAUCUAACUCAACUUGAGGGUCCCAUGUGGCGGCAAAUUAGGGGGCAGGGUUUGUCAUACGGCUACAAUAUCUUUCCGCGACCAAACGAGGGACUGUUGUACUUGACAUUCUACAGAGCGACAAAUAUUGUGGCAGCUUACAAAGAGGCACGGGCUAUUGUGGAAAAUCAGUUGAUAGGUGAGAAAUGGGAGCAAGCGUUAUUCGAGUCGGCGAAGUCCUCGUUGAUAUUUGAAAUAAUUGAGAGGGAAAAAAGCGUCGGGGACAUGGUGGCACAGUCCCUUUUAUCGUACUUCAAAAAUGUUCCACACGACUAUAAUAGGCGGAUGGUGCAACACAUAUCGGCAGUAACUAUCGAAGAUAUGAAUCGCAUAGGGCGGCUUUACAUCCGGCAAUUAUUUGAUCCUAAGGAUUGCAAAACAACGAUCGUCUGUCAUCCUUCGAAGGCAACUGAGAUAGCUGCUAGUUUCGAAGAGCUGAACCACAAUCUAAAGGUCUACAACUCUUUAGAAGAGAGUUUUCUAAAUGUAUGGUAGACCCGUCGUUGAAACGUCCUGGCACAGCAUGAAAAUUUUACUAAUUCGCUUCAUUUUUCUCAUUAAAGAAAUGUGAAAGUAUGGCACUUUUUGUUAUAUACGUAUAUGUUAAUCAAAGGGACAUAAAUAUCUUACUCAAAAGUUCUUCACGGUAUUUAUGUACAAAUUGCAGUUCAAACAAUAAAUGGAAACUAACAAGAA